AUGAGCGAGGCGGCUGAGGCCACCACCUGCGACACCAUGCUCCCGCAGGCCGCUGACCCCGCGCCUAAGAGCCCUGCAGCCAGCGGCGCGCCCCAGGCCCCGGCGCCAGCCGCGCCCCUCGCGGGGAGCCCCGGCAGAGACGCAGCCCCCGGACCCGCCCCGGCCUCUUCAGCUCCCGUGGGCAGCGAGGAGUUGGAGAAGAAAGUUCUCGCCACCAAAGUCCUUGGCACUGUCAAAUGGUUCAACGUCAGAAAUGGAUAUGGAUUUAUAAACCGAAAUGACACCAAAGAAGAUGUGUUUAUACACCAGACUGCCAUCAAGAAGAAUAAUCCACGCAAGUAUCUGCGCAGUGUGGGGGAGGGAGAAAUUGUAGAGUUUGAUGUGGUUGUAGGAAAAGGGGGUCCUAAAGCAACAAAUGUGACUGGCCCAGAUGGAGUUCCAGUAGAAGGGAGCCGCUAUGCUGUGCGCCGUAGACCUCCCCAUAAUGCUGGUGAGAGGUUCCUAUAG